AUGAGUGCCAGUUUUUGGGCUAUUAAGGCAGCAAAAAGCAAGAAGAACGAAGUAGUCCCGGGAACAUCGAAAUGGGUUGCCAAUGAAUUAUAUUGCAUGAACUCGGAAGUGCUAACGCACACGGAGAUGUUCUACCAAGAUUUAAGAGGAGAUAUUGACGAAUUGAAUGAUUUCAUGAGAAAAGCAUUGGAAGGGCAAGAUAAUAAGAUAUUUGUCGAGUCGUUAACGGAGAGAGAUGAGAAUGAGACUAAGGCGGGCGAUAUUAUAGGGGAACUUGGUGAAGAUGCGGCGGUGGAAGGGGCGGAAAAUGGUAAAGAGAUGGAUGUAGUUAGAAAGCAAGAAGGGGUAGAUAUUACGUCUAACUUCACAUAUAUUUCGCCGGAGCAUCGAAAUGAAGGAACUCUGAUAGAUGGAGACGGGGACAAGUCGAAUAACCCUCAGUCUUCACCGGUGAUUGCUCCUACAAAUGCUAAUACUAAUACUAAUUCUAAUACCGCACAUGCAACUUCGAGGUAUACGCCGAAGACACCGUCACCAUUGAAAAAUAACCAGGAUCAGGAUGUACAUCCCUCACUGCAUGCUGAUUUAUCAUUUAUACCCAUAGCUAAUACUAUAAAUCCAAAAAAAGGCAUACCUCCAAAAUUGGAGUCACCGUAUAGAGAACAAGAGCCUACAAAUCAAGCAUCAGAUGACGAUUCAUUCCAGGCCAUAAGUACAGCGAUAAGGAAAAGUAUAGCUGGCAAGUCCGCUAUUCAUAAUCCUAGAACAAGCCAAUUUAUUCAUGUUGAUACACCCAAGAAGAAACAAAAUAAUGCCCCGGAAAAUCUUUCGAGAAUUAACAAUAGAGCUACUAUCGGUGCAUUAUCUCAUGGGAGCUUAAAUAACUCUGGAAGCAUUUCUGUACCAUUGAAAAGAGAACCAGCUUCGGUAAGAAAAUCUAUGAAUAAAACUCCAAAGCGAGCAUCCGUCUUUGUAUCUUUACCAUCGCGCGAGCCAAUAACAAUCAGCUCAUCAUCCAAUAAUUCUGGCAAAGGAAUAUCUGAAAUCAAAAGCAGGUCUCUGAGAGUGUUUGAAAAAUUAGAAAUAGCUUCGAGAAAUGAAAAUACAGGAAAUUUAUCUCCAGGAACGUUGAAAAAACGAAAAUUACAAAGAGAUACGGAAAGUCAUGCUGGAUUUAAUUCCACAUAUAUAAAAGAAAGCUUAAAGAGAAGAUCAUCACGGCCAUUAUUAAAUGACAAUAUUAAACCAAAGGAAGGCCCAAUAAAGAUUUUGAAAUCAGAGGAAGAAGUAACGGACGAAAAUAAGUGGCAUAUAAACGAGCAACGUGCGAAGAAGCUGCCUAGUACAGUCCCAGGGCAUACAGACCAUUUGGAGGAAAGUUCUAAACCUCAAUAUGAAUUUAAAUCUGAUAAUCACAACGCAAUAAGAAUCCCUGCCUCCGAAGAUUUACCUGUAAAAUCUGCUGAAAAUACUGAGAAGAUUUUGAAUCUGUUCCUUAAUCGCAAUGCACCCACUCUAGUAAGCGAUGAAGAAAUAAAGGAGGAAACGAAGAAUAGAGAAAGUAUUAGUCGGUCACCUUCGAAAUCUCCUGUUAUUAACUCGAUCGGAUCUGUUCUCCGCCGUGCCAGGAAUGUCUUUAUGAGUAAUCCAAAGUCAGUAGGCUUACGGUACGAUUCAGCAAGUUUUUCAACAGGCACUGGUUCACCAAACCGGAAAUCCAGUUCGAGGUCACCUGAGAAACAUUCAUCCCAAAUGCUAAUAAGAGAACGUACUAAAUCACCUGUUAGGUCUUCCACCGUAUAUAACACGCAGAGGUCUAGAUCACCAACGAAACUGCUCAGCAUGGCAGGUUCAGAGACCACUUCUAGAGCAUCUUCGAGAAUUAAUGUCGAUUUAGAUGCUAAAGCUGCUAUUGAACCAAAAAUUAUUCAAGGAAAGGCCGAAGUAGAUUUAAUCAACAGACUUAUGGCUCCUACUAGUGCUAGUGCAGCUAAAAAUGUGAAAACUCCAUCCAGAAAGACUCAAGAUGGUAAACGAAAUGAAAUUUCAAGUAAGAACAAGUUCCUCACGACAACUCUUAAUCCGACAAAGCCACAAUUUAAUCCAAUAAAGUCGUCGAGUAGAUCUGAUCCGUCUCCGUUGAAGAAGUCAAUUCCUCUAAAUGAUGAACAGGAAAUGAAAGAAACAAAGAUUCCCUCCAGAUUAGAAUUUUCUAAUAUUCCAUCAUUGAAGAAAAAGUCUUUAAUGGCAGAGAGAAGCGAAGCAGCAGCUCAGAAACCCAGACAAAAAAUUAUGAUAGCUAUGAAUCAUAAGCUAGAUAAUAAAUUGCUACCAAACCCUUCACCCGUUUUAAAAAAUGAUAUACCAAAUCAUGAGAAAACAAAUGAAGGAAAAAGAUCAUCUAAUUUUUUGAAUGAUAAUUCAGAGCCUCAACAAACUCUGAAACCAGGAACUAAAUUAAACUAUGGAAAGUUAACAACUUUGCCGGAAGCUACAAAUAUAAAAAAUAGUAAUCUGGAACACAAAGAUUUCGCUAAGCGUUCCAAAGUUGAAAGUAAAACACCAUCAAGACAACAUGCAUUGAGUAAACAAAAGAUCCUUGAAAAAAAGGCCAGUAGAAUCUCAAAUAGCGAUAAAAAGACAUCCCAUAAAAGUACUAAUUUUAAAGCUAAUGAUAUUUUUGCAGAUCCCCGAACACCUGCUAAAGAUAGAAAACUCCAAACAGUAGAAGAUACCUUGCCAGAUAUUCCGACAGACGAUGAAGAUAAUAAGUCUCAUAAAGUCUUGCAAAGUUGGGCUGAAACUCCGCAGUUACAUAAGAUUGUAAUGCAAAAUAGAACUAUAGAUCCAGUAACAAUUUUUGGAGAAGUUCCUCGUUUAAAUAUAGAGGAAAUAUUCGAGUCACAAGCUUCACGAUACCGUGGCAAAUCUUCUCCUUCAAACUUCACACCGGACGAAAAGCAAAGGAAACGUGAAGCUACAGAGUAUGCAAUCAAGAUGGGCUAUAAAGAUUCCGCUCAUCUGUAA